AUGCCCAGGCCGGAGGAAGACGAUGACGGCGACAGCAGCGACUUCGACUGUUCUACCGCGACCACCAUAGCCACCACAGCCACGGCGUCGCGUCGGCCCCCGCCAGAGACAGGCGGCGGAGGGGGCCGCCGCGACGACUACUUCGCCGCCGUCCACCACGUCGCCAACAUCGUCCGGCGAGACUUCUACCUGGAGCGGACGCUCAACCGAUUAGGGAUCGCCGUCACCUCCGACCUCGUCUACCGCGUCCUCCGCGCCUGCUCCUCCUCCCCAGUCGAGUCCUUCCGCUUCUUCAACUGGGCCCGAUCGGUGGCGACCUCCCGCUCCUACGUCCCCACCACCCUCGAGUUCGAAACCCUAAUUGAGACCCUCGCCCGCUCCGGUCGCCACUGGGAGACCAUGUGGAAGGUGGCGGAGCAGAUGAAGUCCCUCUCCCUCCCCCUCUCCCCAUCCGUCUUCGCCUCUGUCAUCUCCUCCUACGGCGCCGCCGGCCUCGCCGACCGCGCCGUCGAGGUCUUCAACCGCCUCCCCCGCAUGGGCUGCCCCCAAGACGCCGCCGUUUACAAUGCCCUGCUCUUCGCCCUCUGCGAGGUAAAGAACUUCCAUGGCGCGUACGCUCUGGUUCGCCGCAUGGUCCGCAAGGGUGUCGCCCCCAACAGGGAGACCUUCUCUGUGCUGGUGAACGGCUGGUGCGCCGCCGGGAAGCUCCGGGAGGCGCAGGAGUUCCUGGAGGAGAUGAGCCGUAAGGGGUUCAACCCCCCUGUGCGGGGCAGGGACCUCCUCAUCGACGGGCUGAUCAACGCGGGUUACCUGGAAUCCGCCAAGGGCCUGGUGAAGAGGAUGACCAAGGAAGGGUUCUUGCCGGAUGUCGACACCUUCAAUUCUUUGCUGGAGGCCCUCUGCAAGUCCGGCGAGGUGGAGUUCUGCUCCGGCCUGCUCGAGGAGGUGAGCCGGUUGGGGCUCUGCCCGGAUAUCUCCACCUACAAGGUCAUGCUGCCGGCGGUGGCGAGAGAGGGGAAGAUCGAGGACGCGUUCCGGCUGAUCCACGCCGCCAUGGAAGACGGCCACCGGCCGUUCCCCAGCCUCUAUGCGCCGCUGCUCAAGGCGCUCUGCAGGGCGGGGAGGUUCGCCGACGCCUUCAGCUUCUUCAGCGACAUGAAAACCAGAGGUCACCCUCCCAACAGGCCCGUCUACACCAUGCUGGUGAAGAUGUGCGUCAGAGGGGGGAGAUUCGUAGAAGCGGCGAACUACCUGGUGGAGAUGGCGGAGAUGGGGAUGAUGCCAAGGGCUCAGAACUUCGACCUCGUCGUCGACGGGCUGAAGCACUGCGGGAAGCUCGACCUGGCGAGGAGAAUAGAGCACCUGGAGGUGUCACUCCGGGCCCUCUGA